AUGCGACAAGAAGAACGACUCGUACGUCGGCGCGAAAAAGAUGGUCUUACCUCCAACCAACGCGAGCGACCUUCUCGACGACCUCGUGAUCCAAUGGACGAAGAGGUCGAGACCAAUAUCCGCGAGUACAUGGCUCGAACAGGACCUCGCGGCGAACGACUCACCCGAUCACAGCAGGAGCGACUGCUUAAACAGGAACUAAGAGGUUUGGGGACCCAACUAGAGAAGCUCGAGAAGAAGGCGAAAGCGGACGAAGCGACGCAAGAUCUGCCAGAACUGGAUGACCAUACACUGGAAGAGCUGUAUCAGGCUUUGAUGCUUCCGCCACCUCCGACAGAGGAAGAGAUGAGGCUAGCGAGGUUGGAAGGCGGGAGGAGAGAAAAGGGGUUGGUGGAUGAUGGGAGGGGUAGAAGGGGUGUGGAGCUGCUAGGCAGAGGAGGGAUCAUACUGGAGUCGAGAGCUGAGGAGAGGAGAAGGAGAGCCGGAAUGGACCUGAAGCAGAGGAUGAUUGACGCGAGAGAGAGGGGAAAGAUGCUGCUGCCGCCGUCAAGCUCGAGUCUGCCGAGGAUGCAGGAAGUGACAAUGGAAGCAGCAGCCGAGAGGAGUGCCGCGGUAGAUGAGGAAGAGCCGGAUCUAGCAGCGCUCCCAUAUGCAGAGCGACAGGAGAUCCGUCUGCAACAGCUAUUUGCCAGACUUGCAUUGGUGCAUUCCACUCCAGAUACGGAUUCGAACGCGAGUACCAAUCGUGAUGAAGAAUCCCUGCAAGGGAUCAAGUCCAACCUCGCCGAUCGCAUCGCUAGAAUCCUUCAAGAGCACGAUUACGAACUGCAGUCCACAGCUCCGCGACCGAUGCAAGCAAGCCCCUCCGAUGUCGCAGAAGACAAUGAUGCGACUUUACCGCAAACCUUUGUCCCGGUCCGACUGGAUGGCAGGGCACCUACUUUAUCGGACGCGCAAGACGACCAGACGGCGAUUCAGAGCCAGAAGAACUACGACGUCGAGACUGGUGGCGAUCUCGCGACACGUGCCGAAGCGAUGAUCAAAGAUCUUGGCUCUGCUGAAUCGCGCGAGUUCAUGUUGAGCUCGAUCGACAAGCUCGUUCGCUCUGCCUCGCCCGCAGUGCCAUCGUCAUCCUCGACUGCAGCCAGUCUGCCCUUGGGUGUAGCGACCAUAGAAGAGUGGACAGCGCUGGCGGUCGCGUCUGCGCGCGCAGAUGACACAGCCACUCUCUCGCGCACCAUGUCGCUGAUGCAUGCAGCCGGAUAUCAUCCAGCGCCGCUGUCGCUGUACAACCAUGUGAUGGACGUGUUUGCCAGCAAAGGUCAAGUCGACAUGUGCCAGGAAUGGCUUUCCAAGAUGUCAGAGGUAGGGCUCGUUCCGGACGAUCACACGUACCACAGCUUGGCAAAAGCAUACGUCAACACUUGCCAGUUCAUGCCGGCGAUUCAACUGCUCAACUCGCUCGAGUCGAAUGGUACACCAGCGUCAAUGGCAACCUACACUUUGGUGAUCGAUCGCCUGCUCGAUCCCAUCGUUUUACCGCAGACGGGUGCGAAACAAGAGCGACCAGAAUUGCAAGCACUCGCAUGGAAUGUGUUCUACCACAUGCGAUUGCACGCACAUCCCAUCCCAGAUGCGCCGCUCUACACGCUCAUGAUCCGUGCGUGUGCACGUGGUGUCCCGCAACCGCAAGAUGUCGACGAUCCUUCGUCCACGUAUACCGGUCUCGAUCUCAACUCGAGAUCCCCUUCCUCCACCUCGUCCGUUGACGCAACCUCAAGAACCAGCGAUGCAGAACGAGCGCUCGAUCUGUUCCGCGAGAUGACCACUCGAUACUCGGUCCGACCCAACGCCGAAGUCUACAACGCGCUGAUCCUGGCCUGUGCCCGACGCAAAGAUUUCUACCUCGAGGCCUUCCGGUUGCUUCGAGAGAUGGUGGAGUUGGAAACGGAACGUUCGAAUGUCGACUUGCGCAAAAACGGCAUGUUGAGGUUCGCUCCAGAUCGGUAUACCUUCAACGCGCUGCUUCAGGGGUGUGCGCGGAAUCGGGAUUUGGCGAGGGCGAGGUGGGUGUUGGCGGAGAUGAUCCGGACGACGCUGCCGUUGUUCGAUGCAGAGGUGAGGGAAGGGCUGGGGAGGGAGGAGAGGGUGGAACUGUUGAGUAAGAGGCCGAACGAGGAGACCAUGUGUCAUGUUUUCCAUACGUAUGCCGCGUACACGCCGCCGAUUAAGAGGGAUCAAAUGGGGAUGCAGGGUCAAACCAAGGGAUCGACUCCGGACAAUGCCGACUCCGAAAAUGGGGCGAACACCGCCGAACUCGUCUCACGAGCCGAGGAAACCAGCCUCUCGCCCACAGCAGAAAUGGAAGACGAUAGCACAACACCCGAAGAAGCAGCCCACAUCUUCUCCUCCCUCGUCCCUCAAACUUCUUCAGAUCUGGUCUCUGAAACACGAUCCCUCUUCGCACGCAUCCUCGCCGAUCAACCUGCCUCCUCCUCAACCGAAGGUCCACUCGGCUCCGUCGCUUUCGGCGUCCGACUUGUCAAUUCCUACUUCACUGUUCUGGCGGCUCACCUACCCCCGAACCAACGAGCGUCGGUCCUUCACUCUGCUCUCGUGGGCAGAGCAGACGGUUCAAGCUCAGCGGAAGGAACGUUUGAGCAUGCGUUGUUCGACAAGUUGGGGUUGGAGGCGAACGAGCACUCGUACAGGAUCGUAUUGGAGAGCUUGAGCGAUGCUGAUUCGCAGCAGGUGAAGUUGGUGGAUGACGUAUGGACUCGGUUCCGAAACUUCCUCAGCUCGCAAGCGUCCCGGGCGGAGUCAACGGCACUCACAACCGUCUCCCAGCACACCCGAUACGCGGAACCCAUCGAUGCAGCCCAGCUGACGAAAUGCUGGUCAGCCUACAUCCACUACCACGCCAAACACGCCGACGGUCUGGACAAAGCCAUGCUCGUCCUGCGAGAGUUCGUCUCGCUCUACCCGCCGGCUCUUCCCUCAGAUGUAGCCGGGGGUAUGACGAGCGGCAAGAAGAAAUCGCUCCGAAAGACGAGGCUGCGACAGAUGGCGCUGUUGAGGGAGAAGAGCGCGGAGGUCAAGUUGGAUCUCUCGCCUCUGCCGGUGGCUUGGAAGUCGUUGCAGAGCUUGAUCGCGCUCACCGGCGCCGGAGCGUCAACGGGUGCGAAUGGACGAAAGAAUGGCUUGCAGGCAGAAGGAUCAACACCAUCCAGUGUUGAAGCUGUUGAAGCAGAGCGAGGAUCCGAAGUCCGGCUUUCAGAACCGCCAAGUCUGACGUUCCUCGACGUGCAACUUCUUCACCAUCGGUUGGUCAGGUAUGGGCGUACAAAGGAUCUGGCAUAUCUCAGUUGGGUGUUGCACAGGUAUGCUGCGGCGGGCAGGGCUCGUCGACACGCGUAA